AUGGAUGAAGAGAACACGACAAAGAGUGAAGAACAGCAUCUAACUUUGCAGAAAGCAUUGCAGCAAUGUGAACUGGUCCAAAAUAUGAUAGACAUCAGCAUCUCCAGUCUGGAAGGGUUAAGGACUAAAUGUGCCACAUCAAAUGACCUCACGCAAAAAGAAAUAAGAACACUGGAGGGCAAACUUGUGAAGUACUUCAGCCGCCAGCUUUCCUGUAAACGCAAAGUCUCUCUGCAGGAGCGGAGUGCUGAGUUAGACGGGUUUCCACACCUUGUGCAUUGGUUUCGGAUUGUAAAUAUCCGCAAGGAAGUGAUAGAGGACAUAACCCCUGACCAGCUGACUCUGGAAGCCCUGUUAGAGAUGACCGAUGAGGAAGUGUGUGAAACGGUGAAGAAAUACGGAACAAGUAGUGAGGAAUGUGCCAGAUUAAAUGCCUCACUAUCCUGCCUAAGAAGUGUGUAUAAAUCAGGGAGUAGCCAUUCCAGCCAGGACUGGGCUAUCCAGUGGCCAACAACAGAAACUGGGAAAGAGAAUACUCCUGUCAGCCAAGCAGAACCUGUCCAGUGGCCUGGAUGCCAUCCCGCACACAGUCCCAAGUUCCCAUCAAAGUUCAUGCAGCAAGACUUCCAUUCAGUGCCUGUGCUAGGACCCACUUGUACAUACACAGAUAGACUGACCAUUGGAGAUCCGAUUGGACUUUACUCUACAUUUGAGAGUGGACCAAGUUCUUUGCCACCAUCUCCACGACAAUGGCAUGCUACUCAUACUCCUCCACGAACCCCUCCUAUAGUGACGACAAUGACACCUCCAGGAACGCCACCGGUGAGGAGAAAGAACAAAUUGAAACCACCUGGAACUCCUCCACCAACUUCUCGCAAACUGAUUCACCUCAUCCCUGGCUUCACUGCACUACACCGAAGUAAAUCACAUGAGUUCCAGCUAGGAAACCGGGUGGAAGAAACACAAACGCCAAAAGCAAAGAAAAAGAACAAACCACUAAACCUGAAGAUUCACAAUAGUGUUGGUAGCUGCGAGAACAUCCCUGCUCAACGUUCUCCUCUUCUCUCUGAACGUUCUUUACGGUCCUUCUUUGUUGGAUACCCAUCUUUCCUUCCUUCCACUCCUCCCGUUCACACUGAAGCCAAUUUCUCAUCAAAUACAUUGUCAGUGCCUCGAUGGUCCCCUCAGAUUCCUCGCAGAGAUCUGGGGAAUUCAAUAAAACACAGAUUUUCCACCAAGUAUUGGAUGUCUCAGACAUGCACAGUGUGUGGGAAAGGGAUGCUUUUUGGCUUGAAAUGUAAAAAUUGCAAGUUAAAGUGCCAUAACAAAUGCACCAAAGAAGCCCCACCUUGUCAUUUACUCAUCAUUCAUCGUGGAGAUCCUGCAAGACUUGUGCGAACAGAAUCUGUACCAUGUGACAUUAAUAAUCCGCUUAAGAAGCCACCCAGGUACUCCGAUCUGCACUCCAGCCAAACACUGCCUAAAACCAACAAAAUUAAUAAGGAUCACAUACCUGUCCCUUACCAGCCGGAUUCCAGCAGUAAUCCUUCGUCAACCACGUCUUCAACACCAUCCUCUCCAGCGCCGCCUCUACCUCCCAGCGCGACACCUCCUUCACCACUCCACCCUUCACCACAGUGCACCCGGCAGCAGAAACAAUUCAACCUGCCAGCUUCUCAUUAUUUCAAGUACAAGCAACAGUUCAUUUUUCCAGACGUCACACCUGAGGUACAAAGCCGAACUCCACAAGUUAUUCUCCAUCCAGUCAACUCUGACCCCAUAAGUGAAGGAACUCCCACACUUAGAGUGGAAGUGAAUGAGCCUACUUCAGAGAAUGAAGAUGCAAAUGAUGAGGCUUAUAAGUCAGACGGUUCUGAAGAUGAUUUUGAGGAGAUGAACCUUUCAUUGUUGUCUGCACGUAAUUUUCCACGAAAAGCAAGUCAAACCAGCAUUUUCCUGCAGGAAUGGGACAUCCCAUUUGAGCAGUUAGAAAUUGGAGAACUCAUAGGCAAAGGACGCUUUGGCAAAGUCUAUCAUGGUCGUUGGCAUGGAGAGGUGGCAAUCCGUUUGAUUGAUAUUGAAAGGGACAAUGAGGACCAUCUAAAACUUUUCAAAAGGGAAGUGAUGGCAUAUAGACAAACUCGACAUGAGAAUGUGGUACUGUUUAUGGGAGCCUGUAUGAGUCCCCCCCACUUAGCUAUUAUCACCAGCCUCUGCAAGGGAAGGACUCUGUACUCUGUCGUUAGAGAUGCUAAAAUGGUGCUGGAUGUGAACAAAACCAGACAAAUUGCUCAGGAGAUUGUGAAGGGAAUGGGUUACCUACAUGCUAAAGGAAUUAUCCACAAAGAUUUGAAGUCAAAGAAUAUAUUCUAUGACAAUGGAAAGAUAAUAAUUACCGAUUUUGGCCUCUUCAGCAUCUCCGGAGCUUUACAAGAGGGCAGGAGAGAGAGUGAAAUGAGGAUCCCUAAUGGUUGGCUGUGUCAUCUGGCUCCUGAAAUUAUUCAGCAACUUUCUCCCUCUACAGAUGAAGACAAACUCCCGUUCUCCAAGCAAUCAGAUGUAUUUGCAUUUGGAACCAUAUGGUACGAGUUGCAUGCACGUGAGUGGCCUUUCAAGAAUCAGCCAACAGAUGCGAUAAUAUGGCAGGCCGGGCGAGGCAUGAAGCCUAGUCUAAGUCAAAUUGGCGUGGGAAAGGAGAUUUCGGAUAUCCUGCUUUUCUGCUGGGCCUAUGAGCAGGAAGAGCGUCCCAGUUUCUCGAAGAUCAUGGAGCUGCUUGAGAAACUGCCCAAGCGAAACCGUCGCCUCUCCCACCCUGGACAUUUCUGGAAGUCAGCUGAGUACGUUUCCCUUAGCUCCAACGUAUGA